UAGGUAUUGCUUGAUGGUAGCCUCUCUUUCAAAUAUGGGGCUUAGGUCAGUGUGAAUGACCAACUUCCAAGUAUCCUUAUAGUUUACGAGGUUUCCCAUUUUUUCGAAGUAUAUCCCUGGAGUAGUAUCGAAUUCUCUUAUCGUCAAUUGCUGAGCUAGUGCGUUUUGGAUUUGGGUCGUCCCGAACCAUAGUGCGGUGAACCUGCAACAUGUGCAGUUUGGCAUUGUACGAAAGGUAAGUAGAAAAUUGCCAUUCAGCUUUUGUGACGUAUAAGUUUUCGUGGCUAUAUAAAGCGUGAAUUAGCUGUGGCUGCGCAUUAAACAUUGAAAUAUGUGUCCGAACAAUUCUUCCAUUUCGAGACUGUCGGCAGAGGCUCCUUUCUCUACUGGAGUGAGGGUCUUGUCCAAGGCGGAGAGGACCGCCGAUCUUUUAAGGAGGGCAGAGGUGAUCCUUCGAAAUAGAAUUGAGAGGGCGCUAACUAUUUCGUUAGCCGGACUCGACUUCAUCAACAUUCGCGAAAUGCGAAUGAGAAGGCGAGUCCGGGCGGAUCUCCGUUCCUUGGUGGACUGGCACUGGGGAGAGGGAAGUGUCACGGAGCCCGACCUGUUUUGCCUGAGGAAGUUAUUCGGGGACGAAGCUUACGAACCCGAGAGUUGGUUUUGACCAAAAUUUGUGAAAAUAUAUAUAUAUAUUUUUUUUUUUUGAAAUAAACUAUGUUGUUUUUAUCCAAAUUUGUUUUGUCCUCACUCCAAUCCUCUGCACACCUCUUCCUUUUUAACUUAAGCGAGGAAA